AUGCACGGGAAGAUUUCCACCACGUGCCUCGAAAAUGGGAAAUGGGAUAUACUCGAGGCGAAUUGCACAAUCAAGGAUUGCAAAAGUCCACAAGUCCUGCAAAAUGGCCACCAUAUCGUUUCAAAGACAACCUACAAUUCCACUGCCACUUACACGUGUAAUGCAGGUUAUGAAAUGUACGGGAACAAUUCCUCCACGUGCCUCGAAAAUGGGAUAUGGGAAAUACUCGAGGCGAAUUGCACAAUCAAGGAUUGUCAUAUUCCACCAAUCUUGGAAAAUGGCCACACCACCGUCGCAAGGACAACAUACAAUUCCACUGCAAUAUAUGCUUGCUUUUCUGGUUAUGAUAUAAACGGACCUAACUCCAUAACAUGCCUUGAGACCGGAGCCUGGGACAAACUCGAGGCGAACUGCACCAUUAAGGACUGUCAAGACCCGCCCGUUCUGCAGGAUGGUUUCCACUCCGCAACAACAACAACGUACAAUUCCACUGUCAUAUACUCGUGCAACCCUGGUUAUAGAAUGUUUGGUGAGAGCUCCAUCACUUGCCUCGACACUGGGAACUGGAGCCAACUGCUUGUCAACUGCACCAUAAAGGAUUGUCAUAGCCCACCAGUCAUGCACAAUGGCUACUUAACGGUCUCAACGACAACCUACAAUUCCACUGCCAUAUACACGUGCUCGUCUGGUUAUGAUAUACAUGGACCUAACUCCAUAAGAUGCAUUGCGACUGGAGACUGGGAUAAACUUGAGGCGAAGUGCACCAUCAAGGACUGUCGAGACCCACCAGUACUACAGAAUGGCUACCACAACGCAACAUCAACAACGUACAAUUCCACUGCCAUAUACUCGUGCAAUCAAGGUUAUAGAAUGUUUGGUGAGAACUCAAUCACGUGCCUCGACACUGGGAACUGGAGCAAACUGCUUGUAAACUGCACCAUAAAGGAUUGCCAUAGUCCGCCAGUCCUGCAAUAUGGCUACUCCAACGUCUCCAAGACAACCUACAAUUCCACUGUCAUAUACACUUGCUCUUCUGGUUAUGAUAUGCACGGACCUAACUCAAUUACAUGCCUCGAGACCGGAUACUGGGAUAAACUCGAAGCUAAGUGCACCAUCAAAGAUUGUGGAGCUCCACCAGAGCUGACGAAUGGCGAUCGCACAUUUCAUAACACCACCGCCAACUCCACCGUACAGUAUACGUGUAAUCCAGGAUAUGAUCUGAUUGGAAUGAGCACCAUUAGUUGCCUUGAGUCAGGAACCUGGAAUUCACUGGAGGCAAAUUGCACUAUAAAAAACUGCCAAGACCCGCCAGUUCUGCAGGAUGGCUUUCACGCCGCCACAAUAACAACGUAUACUUCAACCGUCAAAUACUCGUGCAACCCUGGUUAUACCAUGUUUGGUGAGAACUCCAUCACGUGCCUCGACACUGGCAACUGGAGCAAACUGCUUGUCAAUUGCACGAUAAAGGUUCUGCAGGAUGGCUUCCACAACGCAACAUCCACAACGUACAAUUCUAUUGUCAAAUACUCGUGCAAUCCAGGAUAUAGUAUGUUUGGUGCGAACUCAAUCACGUGCCUCGACACUGGGUACUGGAGCGCACUGCUUGUCAACUGCACCAUAAAAGAUUGCCAUAGUCCUCCAGCCCUAAAAAAUGGCUUCGCCACCGUUUCAACGACAACUUACAAUUCAACUGCCAUAUACACAUGCUCUUCUGGUUAUGAUAUGCACGGACCAUACUCCAUAGCAUGCCUUGCGACUGGAGACUGGGAUAAACUCGAGGCGAACUGUAACAUCAAGGAUUGUGGAACUCCACCCCUGCUAACAAAUGGCGCUGGUGCAUUCAUUAACACGACCGUCAACAAUACCGCCAUGUAUACGUGUUACCCUGGGUAUGACUUUAUUGGAAUGAGAAACAUUCGUUGCCUUGAAAAUGGAACAUGGGGAGCACUCGAGGCUCAGUGUACUAUAAAAGACUGUCAAAACCCGCCAGUUCUGCAAAAUGGCUUCCACGCCGCAACAACAUCAACGUACAAUUCCACCUUAAUGUACUCAUGCGACCCUGGUUACACCAUGCUUGGUGAGAACUCCAUCACGUGCCUCGACACCGGGAACUGGAGCAAACUGCUUGUCAACUGCACGAUAAAGGAUUGUCAAAACCCACCAGUACUGCAUUAUGGCUUCCACGCCGCAACAACAACAACGUACAAUUCCACCGUCAUAUACAAAUGCAAGCCAGGUUAUAGAAUGUUUGGUGAGAACUCAAUCACGUGCCUCGACACUGGUAACUGGAGCGAACUGCUUGUCAACUGCACGAUAAAGGAUUGUGGAACGCCGCCCAUGCUUAAUAAUGGUGAUCGAACAUUCCUUAUCACAACCGUUAAUUCCACCAUAGAGUAUACCUGUAACCCAGGAUAUGACUUGAAUGGAUUAAGCAAUAUCCAUUGCAUGGGAACAGGAACCUGGAGUAUAUUGGAGGCAAGCUGUACCAUGAAAGAUUGUCAUAGUCCUCCAGUCCUCAAAAAUGGCUUCGGCACCGUUUCAACGACAACCUAUAAUUCCACUGCCAUAUACACAUGCUCUUCUGGUUAUGACAUGCACGGACAUGACUUCAUAGCAUGCCUUGCGACUGGAGACUGGGAUAAACUCAAUGCGAACUGCACCAUCAAGGAUUGUGGAACUCCACCCCUGCUAACAAAUGGCGCUGGUGCAUUCAUUAACACGACCGUCAACAAUACCGCCAUGUAUACGUGUAACCCUGGGUAUGACUUAAUUGGAAUGAGAAACAUUCGUUGCCUUGAAAAUGGAACAUGGGGAGCACUCGAGGCUCAGUGUACUAUAAAAGACUGUCAAAACCCACCAGUACUGCAUUAUGGCUUCCACGCCGCAACAACAACAACGUACAAUUCCACCGUCAUAUACAAAUGCAAGCCAGGUUAUAGAAUGUUUGGUGAGAACUCAAUCACGUGCCUCGACACUGGUAACUGGAGCGAACUGCUUGUCAACUGCACGAUAAAGGGUAAGAUUCUUGAAUAA